UUCGUAUUCUGAGAUGCCCGUUAAAUUCUAUAAUCACAACUUUUAUCAAUCUGGGGAAUAUAUUGUAGUUUCAUUCAUCGGUCUGCGAGGACUGCCUGCAGAAAAUAUCGUUGUGGAUAUCCAGCCUACCACGCUCCGUGUUGUCAUCAAUACACCCAAUUUUGAUCCUUUUGAAAAGACCCUCGAGCUCUUUGCAGAAAUCGAUCCUGCCACUUCUUCUUAUCAAAUGUUCCCGAGCAAGGUGGAGAUUCGUCUUCACAAGGUGCAGGUCGUCAACUGGCCUUCUCUGGAAAAGACAGCAGUGGUUCAGCUCCCAACUCCCAAUUCCGCGUCUACCUCCGCAUCGACUCAGGCCUUUAGCACAGCUCGCUGGGACAAGUUCUGCGAGGAAAAUAAAGAGCCGGUGGAUGCUUCGGGUGACAAUCUGUUCAAAGUGCUGUACAACGACGCCACUCCCGACCAGCGUCGAGCGAUGAUGAAAUCGCUGCAGCAGAGCCACGGAAAGACGCUGAAUAUGAACUGGGAUGAAGUGAAGGACAAGAACUUUGAGGACGACGCGAAGGACGAUUAAAUAAAUUAUACCAUGAGC